AUGACAAAAAGCAAACUAUCCUUAAAAAGGAAUUAUGGUACUACCGUCUCUUUAAAUGCUGCUAAUAAUAAUGCAAUAACUAAGGUUAUCUUGGUUAUCACCAAUUUGGUCAAAUUAGUGCAAUCUAUCCCUAUCAACGGGGCGCGUCGCGAUGACAACAAUUACUAUUCUUCACAGGGUGAACGAAGCGAGCUCACUCCAAGAGAGUAUUACUUGAAUUUGUUUGUUUCCAUGUUGCUAGUAUUGGCAGGUGGUGUUUUUGCAGGUUUAACCUUGGGUUUGAUGGGCCAAGACGAAGUUUAUCUCAAAGUCAUCUCAACUAGUGGUGACCGCAAUGAGCGCAAAUACGCUAAAAAGGUGUUGAGUUUGAUUGGAAGAGGAAAACAUUGGGUCUUGGUCACUUUGCUUCUAUCAAACGUUAUCACAAAUGAAACUUUGCCUAUCGUUUUGGACCGUUGUCUUGGUGGUGGCUGGCCUGCCGUUGUUACUUCAACUGUUUCUAUUGUUAUUUUUGGUGAGAUCAUCCCCCAAUCAAUCUGUGUCAGAUACGGAUUACAAGUCGGUGCUUUGUUUGCUCCAUUUGUGUUGGUGUUGAUGUACAUUAUGUACCCCGUGGCAUUUCCCUGUGCUAUGUUAUUGGACCACAUCUUGGGUGAAGAUCAUGGUACAGUUUAUAAGAAAUCGGGGCUAAAAACAUUGGUUACAUUGCAUAAGACAAUGGGUGUCGAGAGGUUGAAUCAAGAUGAAGUUACAAUCAUUAGUGCAGUUUUAGACUUGAAAGAAAAGUCCGUUAGUAGUAUCAUGACACCAAUGGAUAGAGUCUACACCAUGAGUGCAGAUACUUUGCUAGAUGAGAAAACAGUUGAAGAAAUUUUUAACGCUGGUUUUUCACGAAUCCCAAUUCACUUACCUAAGGAACCAAACAACUUUAUUGGAAUGUUGUUGGUGAGAGUAUUGAUCAGCUAUGAUCCCGAAGAUGCCUUACCAGUGGCGUCUUUCCCAUUAGCUACUCUUCCGGAAACAGGCGUUGAUACUUCUUGUUUGAACAUUUUGAACUAUUUUCAAGAAGGUAAGUCUCACAUGAUCAUAGUUAGUGAAACGCCGGGCGAGCCAACUGGUGCACUUGGUGUCUUGACGUUGGAGGAUGUUAUUGAAGAGUUAAUUGGGGAAGAAAUUGUUGAUGAAUCGGAUGUGUAUAUUGAUAUUAACAAAAAUAUCAAGAGAAAACAUCCGGGCCCUUUAUCAAAAAGAAACUUGACUGCAUACUUGCACAGUUUAUACCAGAGAUCCGGCGAUGCUCCUUCUAAUAGAAACUCCUUGGAGUCGGCUGAACCUCCCGCAGAUUUAAGAGAAAGGUUGAUAGGUCACAAUGGUGAAGCUACAAUUAUUUCCUCGACGCCAAACAAUUGCAACUCAAAGAAUGACACUGUUGCGGAAGCUCGCACUGGAGGUGGAGGUGGCGGUGGAGGACAUGGUGUACCGAGUGGCACAACUACAAAAUGGAAGAUUAAAAAUCCUGCAUUGAAUCCACUAGAAACAUCUAAGAAAUUCGUUACUAUAAAAAGACCCGAUCAAGGCGCUAUUGAUUCAUUUACAAAAGCUGUUUCACCAACUCCUAAUCAUUCUGACCACGUAGAACGUGAACCAUCUCAACAAAUUGGAGAGGUUUUUCCAACCGAGCAGGGUGCUAUUGAUGAAGCACAAAGAAGAUCAAGUGAGAUGAAAUCUCCAUCACCAUUAUCACCGCAAUAUCAUUUUCAUCAUUAUCAUCAACAACAUCAUCAUCAUCAACAACAUCAUCAACAUCAUCAACAACAAAAGGAAGCUGAUGUUUCUGAAAUUCAAGGUGGUGAAUCAUACUACCAUACAGGUGACCAUGGAGCUAUUUCUAUACCGUCAAGAAAGUCUGACUUGAUCCAAGGACCGGGAUCCGAGGGAGCUCUUGAUAUAGAGCAUCAGGAAUCUAGAUCCUAUAGAACUGGUGGUAUCAUUGAAUCGGUUGUAAAUGUUGAUGGAGUUCAUAAAACUAUUAUUGAAAAUGUCAGUGAUGGAGAUGAUGGGGAUGAAGACGACGAUCAAUUGCUAGUUGACGGGACGGUACUGAGUAAAGAUAAACACAAGAAAAAGAAGAAGAAAAAGACAACGACGAUGAUGAUGAAGAAAAACGGUAAGCACAAAACUAAGAGGGCAGAAUCGUUUAGUAUGAACAAAAUGAGUGACGAAGAAAGUGAAGAAAGUAGACCAUUGUUGAAUGGAUCUGGUUCGAAGCAUUCUUCAAUUAGUAGUGCCACUUCAAAAAGAAAGUCAAGCGUUACUACUGGUAGAAAUAAGCAGCCCAUUGGCAAGUAG